AUGGCCAUUUGGGCAUUGUCCACCACCGGCAGCAGCGAGCCAGUGGAGCGAGACCACAAGACAAUUCCAGGACUAUCGCUCCACCGGGAACCAGCAACCGAGGACGUGAGAUCAUCAGCAUUCCCCCCUCUCCAGUGGGCACCUGCUGUGAGUGUACAUUUCGGUACAUCUCCAGUUUGGGAAGGGGCAAAAGACCACGCUACCGAGCAGCAGAACGGCCUGCAAACCAAGCCUGGCGGGGUGGAGCCGCAAAACGACAUCAUCGCGGCGCCGAUCCCAGUCCAGGCACGUCACUCGCUUCUCCGAAUGUGA